AUGUACGUCCCGUCCGACGUAAAAGUAGGUGCUCCUCAGUGUUUUGUGCCCGUCAUUCUUUCUGACAGCCAAUGGGCAUUCCAGCGCUCUGUUGGGAUCCCUCUUCUCCCAAGCACACCCAAUGUGUCUCUCGAUGCUGCCGGCCUAGUCGCCUUGGCCGAUCUCACCACGAUUCAAGAGCGAACGGUCCUAACUGGGACAGCUACCUUCCUAGACGCGUUUAUCAUAUGUCCUGGGAUACAUAUGCAGCAAAAGUCGACAAACCUCAAUGGAGGAGAGCAUCCUGUCUGUGCCAACAUGAACACAGGAGACGUCUUUCGAAUCGAGAACCCUGCCACAGUCUUUUAUCUGCAACAAGUCAGCAAAACCGGACAUCUUACGAAUUUGGCAGUGUCAGAACUUGGAGAAGAUUGUUGGUCCAAGGUCUUCUCUAUGUUCUUUAUAGCCCAGAAUGCAUCGGUUGCUUCUGCCCUGGCUUACGGGACAGCGGUUCUAUGGACCAUCUCCGUUGUCAUCCUCCUAGCUUGUUCAUACGAUUGGUGGGGCCUGGUCAUCGUCCUUGUGCUCAUGGCUGCACGCCUUUGCAACGUCAUUGUCGUUCGCCGAAGGGCUACUCCAGGUUGGUCAGGAGCCAAAGAAGGGUUUGUGACAGGCGACCUCCUUGUUUUGCUCAGUCAGGAUCGUUGGGUGAGGAUCCAAGGCAAAGUUGACCACCUGAAAGCUGUCACAUCCGGUCAGUGGCUACGAGACCAGAGAAAUGUCGAAGGCUGGAUGACUGCUCUGGCAACACUGGCUGUCUAUCUCGCCGCCGCCCUGGUCAGCAACGCGACUCAGUUUGGGAAGAUAUUGAUCCUGGUUCAUCUGGGGGGCUCGGCUGGAUUACUGGCCGUUGCAAACUCGACCACCAAGAAUAUCCUGGUAAUGCACGGUCACAGUCUUGCAGUCCAGGGGAGCAGGUCUAAGUAUCAAAGACGUAAGGAGCUGAUUCUCGAGUUGAUCAAGGAAACCGGCCGUUACGAUUGGGCACUGUCGAUGGACGUGAUCAAGGAGGAGGAUAUCCGGAAGCUCUCGGCAGAACAACCGAAAAUGGACCACCAUGAAGUGAGCACCCUGCGGCAUUAUACAGCAUCAGUGGAGCUUUGA